UCACGUGGCUUCGGUCGCAGCUCUCGAAGCCGGAAGUGGCCCCGGGCACUAGAAGGCGGGGGGAGCCUGAUAGCGGUGGCGCGGCAGAGACCCCGCUGGGAAUUCUUGGUAGCUACCCUCAAAACAGAUUCUCCACCGUAACUGUCAAAUUUAUAAGCAGAAACCGACCUUUUUCACUCUGGAAGCUCAAAUACGUAAAACAAGAGAACGCCUGACAAAGCCGAGAUGCAGAGCACUUCUAACCAUCUGUGGCUUUUAUCUGAUAUCUUAGGCCAAGGAGCUACUGCAAAUGUCUUUCGCGGAAGACAUAAGAAAACUGGUGAUUUAUUUGCUAUCAAAGUAUUUAAUAACAUAAGCUUCCUUCGACCAGUGGAUGUUCAAAUGAGAGAAUUUGAAGUGUUAAAAAAACUGAAUCACAAAAAUAUUGUCAAAUUAUUUGCUAUUGAAGAGGAGACAACAACAAGACAUAAAGUACUCAUUAUGGAAUUUUGUCCAUGUGGGAGUUUGUAUACUGUUUUAGAAGAACCAUCUAAUGCCUAUGGACUACCAGAAUCAGAAUUUUUAAUUGUGUUACGUGAUGUGGUGGGUGGAAUGAAUCACCUCCGAGAGAAUGGCAUAGUGCACCGUGAUAUCAAGCCAGGAAACAUCAUGCGUGUCAUCGGGGAGGAUGGACAGUCUGUGUACAAACUCACAGAUUUUGGUGCAGCCAGAGAAUUAGAAGAUGAUGAACAAUUUGUUUCUCUUUAUGGCACAGAAGAAUAUUUGCAUCCUGAUAUGUAUGAGAGAGCAGUACUAAGAAAAGAUCAUCAGAAGAAAUAUGGAGCAACAGUUGAUCUUUGGAGCAUUGGGGUGACAUUUUACCACGCAGCUACUGGAUCACUGCCAUUUAGACCAUUUGAAGGGCCACGUCGGAAUAAAGAAGUAAUGUAUAAAAUAAUUACUGGAAAGCCUUCUGGUGCAAUAUCUGGAGUACAGAAAGCAGAAAAUGGACCAAUUGAUUGGAGUGGAGACAUGCCUAUUUCUUGUAGUCUUUCUCGGGGUCUUCAAGUUCUUCUUACCCCUGUACUUGCAAACAUCCUUGAAGCAGAUCAGGAAAAGUGUUGGGGUUUUGACCAAUUUUUUGCAGAAACGAGUGAUAUUCUUCACCGAAUGAUAAUUCAUGUUUUUUCACUACAACAAAUGACAGCUCAUAAGAUUUAUAUUCAUAGCUAUAAUACUGCUACUGUAUUUCAUGAACUGGUGUAUAAACAAACCAAAAUUAUUUCUUCAAGUCAAGAAUUGAUCUAUGAAGGACGUCGCUUAGUCUUGGAACCUGGAAGACUGGCACAGCAUUUCCCUAAAACUACAGAGGAAAAUCCUAUCUUUGUAGUAAGCCGGGAACCCCUGACUACCAUAGGAUUAAUAUAUGAGAAAAUUUCCCUCCCGAAGGUACAUCCACGUUACGAUUUAGAUGGAGAUGCUAGCAUGGCUAAGGCAAUAACAGGAGUUGUGUGUUAUGCCUGUAGAAUUGCCAGUACUUUGCUGCUUUAUCAGGAAUUAAUGCGAAAGGGGAUACGAUGGUUGAUUGAAUUAGUUAAAGAUGAUUACAAUGAAACUGUUCAUAAAAAGACGGAAGUUGUGAUCACAUUGGAUUUCUGCAUCAGAAACAUUGAAAAAACUGUAAAAGUAUAUGAAAAAUUGAUGAAGAUCAACCUAGAAGCAGCAGAGUUAGGUGAAAUUUCAGACAUACACACCAAACUGUUGAGACUUUCCAGUUCUCAGGGAACAAUAGAAACCAGUCUGCAGGACAUUGACAGCAGAUUAUCUCCCGGUGGAUUAUUGACAGAAGCAUGGGCACAUCAAGAAGGAACUCAGCCAAAAGACAGAAAUGUAGAAAAACUACAAGUCCUGUUAAAUUGCAUCACAGAGAUUUACUAUCAGUUCAAAAAAGACAAAGCAGAACGUAGACUAGCUUACAAUGAAGAACAAAUCCACAAAUUUGAUAAGCAAAAAUUGUACUACCACGCAACAAAAGCAAUGACCCACUUCUCAGAUGAAUGUGUUAAAAAGUAUGAAGCAUUUUUGGAUAAGUCAGAAGAAUGGAUGAGAAAGAUGCUUCAUCUUAGGAAACAGUUAUUAUCUCUAACUAAUCAGUGUUUUGAUAUUGAAGAAGAAAUAUCAAAGUAUCAAGACUAUACUAAUGAGUUACAAGAAACUCUGCCUCAGAAAAUGUUUGCAGCUUCUGGUGGAAUCAAACAUACCAUGACCCCAGUUUAUCCAAGUUCUAACACAUUAGUGGAAAUGACUCUGGGUAUGAAGAAAUUAAAGGAGGAGAUGGAAGGAGUGGUUAAAGAACUUGCUGAAAAUAAUCAUAUUCUAGAAAGGUUUGGGUCUUUAACUAUGGAUGGUGGCCUACGCAAUGUCGACUGCCUUUAGCUUUCUCAGAAGUUUGAGAAAACUUUUUUGUUUGCACACGAAGAUAAUGCUGGGGCAUUAAAUGAAUGUCUUUGUCCUUUAUGAAUGAUCUCUUAUUUCUAUAAUUCAGUAUUGAUGUAGUCAUGUAAAUAUGUACAAUAUUGUAAAUAAAUAAAAGAUAUAUAAAUUUUUGGCUGCUGUUAAGAUGUAAUUUUGAUUUUUAACAUUUGUAAGUUUAUGAGGCAGUUUGACCUCAGUGAGCUCUAGAAGAAAUCCAUGACCUGCUGAUAGUUGGGGUGCUGAUCCUCCACUCUCCAAGGAAGGCUGGAAAGGUCUAUUUUUUGGACUGUGUACUGGAAGUAUUUUUAAGUGGAACCAAAGGUGACGCCCUUACAAAUCAGAGAAGACUGGUAAUCAUGGCACAUUUUAAAUGUUACAGUGGGAGGCAGCUUCUAUGAGGAGCAAAAGUGAACCACUGCUUUAUGAGGAUCAGAAUUUUGUAGAAGGAAAAAGUGGCAUUAUUUCAUUUUAUAAGAUGCCCAGAUCCCAGUUCUCAUAUCUAUUUAAUUUCAGUAGAAUUUUUGGGCAAAAUUUUUAAAGUUAAUUAUGUAAAAGUGUUCAUUUUUCCUUUGGGCAUAAUGGUAUCGUUAUCAUUAAAUUGUAGGAUCCUUUCACUUGCUUCAAACUGUAUACUUCUUUAUUUUAAUUCUGCUUAUUUCAUGAAAAAAUAAAUUUCUCAGUUUUACUGUAAAA